AUGCCACGCAUCUCCGGACAAGAUCGGUACUGGAGGCAAAUAGACGGUUUCGAUAGUUCGGACGACCUCUCUUUACCAAAGGCCACCGUCCAAAAGAUCGUUGGAGAGAUUUUGUCUUUAUCUGGAGGCAUCGCCUUUUCCAAGGAAGCUCGCGAUGUUCUAAUUGAAUGCUGCGUCGAGUUCAUCACACUUGUCAGCUCAGAGGCAAAUGAAAUCUCUGAAAAGGAGGCCAAGAAGACAAUUGCCUGUGAUCAUAUUGUGAAGGCUCUUGAUCAGCUCGGCUUUCCGGACUAUGUGCCCGCGGUUUUAGAGGCUGCCGCGGAGCAUAAGGAAGUCCAAAAGGGACGCGAGAAGAAGGCAAACAAGCUGGAGCAGAGCGGUUUGACAAUGGAAGAGCUCGAGCGCCUACAGCAAGAGCAGUUCGCUGCUGCGGCGGCAAGACAUGCCUGA